AUGCGCGGCAACUUUCUCAUUGCUGCCCUCGCGGGUGCCGGAGCUGUCACCGCGACAAGCUCCAUCCGCUACACAAACUCGACUUCCUCUGCCGUUAUCCAAGCUCAGCAGCUCAACAGCAACAAGCAGGAGUCUGACGCCGGUGUCUACCACACCACCGUCAUCGACACCAUCUACAGGACGGCGUUGACGACCAAGGUUGAGACCACGGUCGCGACCCAGACCCAGACUGCCUAUGUCAUCACCACCGGCCUGCCCUGCCUGGCUGGCAGCGGUGGCCAGGGCUCUUCUUCUGGUUCUGCUGGCUCUGGUUCUGGUUCCGGUUCCGGUUCGGGCAGCGGCUCGUUCGGUUCGGGUUCCGGCUCUGGCAGCUACUCGUUGUCGGGUUCUAGCUACAGCUCCGGCUCUUCCGGCUCCUCCGGCUCGGGUUCAGGCUCUGGUGGUAACUCACUGUCUGGCUCUGGGUCCAACUCGGGCUCGGGCUAUAGCUCUGGCUCUGGUUCUUCCAGCUACAGCUACAGCUCCGGCUCUAGCUACAGCUCCAGUUCUGGCUACAGCUCUGGAUCUGGCAACGGCUUGAGCUCCGGCUCUGGAUCGUCUAACAGCGGCUCUUCCAAGUCCAUUGUUCAGUCCGGAUCCAGCGACGUUGUUCUCAACGAAUCUUCUUGGACCACCGUUGCCGGCCCCAUCACCACAUUGCAGCCCGCUACCCCACCGGGCCACGACGCUUCCGUUCUCACGCACUUGGCUCCUAAGGAUACUGGCUCCUUCUACUUCAACGAGGGCAGCUCUUCCACUACUACUCAGACCAACUCCACUGCCGGGUCCUCAAGCACUGGUGGUUCUUCCAGCUCUAGCUCCUCUGGCUCUAGCUCCGGCUCUUCUAGCUCCGGUUCUUCCAGCUCCGGUUCUGGCUCUUCCAGCUCUGGUUCUUCCAGCUCUGGCUCUUCCAGUUCUGGCAGCUCUUCCAGCACUGGCAGCUCGUCAAGCGCCGAUGGUUCGCUCUUCGCUCUUAUGAAGGCUAACUUCACCUACCCCUCGGUUAUUCUUGACAACUCUGCGUACAUUACGAGAAUCUCGGUCAUCUCCGGUGGCCUGGAGGUUGACUUUGCGACUGCUGAGGCCUUCCAGUAUGCUCAGCGUGCUUGGGGAAGCACCACGGGAUGGGUUGUUGUCACUUCCAGUGUGGCUGGCGUCAACGCGACUGUUGGCCAGCAUACUUACUGGUUGGUUUCUAGCGAGACUUUCACUGAAAGCAGCCACAGCUGCACCUUGAACUGCGCGGAGAUUCCUAUCGAACAGGCUAUCGGUGAUGUUGAAGUCAAAUGGGGAACUGUUCUCCCCACUGACGGCUCUGUCAACGGCACCACUUCCCUGAGCGGCAACUCUACUCUCUCUACCAGCGGUUCUGUCUUCUCCAACUCGACUGGCGGUAGCAGCACUUCUCAGUCCGGUUCUUCGUCCUCCUGCGGUGCUCCCCCUGAGGCCACCAUCUCUGGCUUCCCCACUGCUCCCUGUGGCGAUGACUUCGACAAGGUUCUUGAUGACAAGCUCGGUUACUACGACUUCGACAGCGAUUUCAGCUCCAGCCUGCAGGACUUUGCCCCCGGCCUUGGCGACUACUCUGAGGAUGACUAUGAUUAUGACGACACUGCCGAGACCAGCACCAAGCUCCGCCGCCGCUCCUAUGGCAGCCCUGCCGCCCGUGCCAGCGCCAUCGUUCGGAAGCGCUGGAGCCUUAAGUCUCUCAUCAAGAAGAUUGCGCCGAAGGCCAUUUCUCAGGCCAUCGACAAGGUUGACAAGAAGCUCGACGAUCUCAAGAACAUGGCCAUCAAGGUUGCUGAUAAGUACACCAACGGCGCUGUCUCCAAGGGUAUCAAGUUCAUCAACGAUAAGAUCGACAGCCUGACGACGGCCAAGCCCGAAGGUAACUUCAACAUCAACCUUACGCCCAGCAACAAGGUCGACUCCAAGUACUGGGGCAGCCAGUACCAGCUCUACCACGGCUCCGCCAGCGGUGCGCUGACUGGCACCGUCGACCUCUACUGCGUCGACUGCGGUAUCACCGGUAACGCACACGUUGCGGGUGAGAUUGGUUUCUCUCUUCUUGGUGGCGGCUUCAACAAGGGUAGCGUGACGAUUGAUGGCAGCGCCAAGGCUGCUCUCUACUUGGGUCUUGCGGCGGAUGGCACGUACAACAACAAGUUCAAGAAGAACAUUGCCUCGUACGGUGCUCCGGGCUUCUCCAUCCCCAACGUCAUCUCUGUUGGCCCCGUCAUGACCAUGGACGCGUCGCUGACGCUCGACAUCAAGGCCCAGGGCCAGAUCCUCGUCGGUGCCGAGGCUGCCAUCACUAACUUCUACGCGAAACUGGACAUUGUGAACAAGGACCAGACUACCAUCAAGAACUUCAAGCCCACCUUCACGACCAAGUUCACCGCUUCUGGCGAGAUUAGUGCUGAUGCCCGCGUCGGCCUGCCCCUGACUGUCGGUGUCGGCCUCGAGAUCACCCCGCUCAAGUACCGCAAGCUGAUCUCCAUCACCAACGAGCCUUACGUCGCUGCCAGCGCCAAGUAUGCUUACGACAGCAUCAACCCUGGCACUUGCAACGGUGGUGUCUCGUACGCGCUGACUCUCGGUGACGAGCUGAGCAUGGACUUCUUCGGCCUGUCCCAGUCGACCAUCUGGAAGGCGGACGCUCAGGCUAUGGCUGCGCAGUGUGUUCUCCUCCCCGGUGGCAGUAGCAGCACUGGCUCUUCUUCUACUGCCUCGACCACCAGCGGUUCAACCGUUACUGACGGCUCUGCGUCUUCCGGCUCGACUGCCACCGCUGACGGUUCUUCCACCUCGGGCUCGACCUCUACUGAUGGUUCUUCCACCUCGGGCUCGACUACUACUGAUGGUUCUUCCACUUCGGGCUCGACCACCACCGAUGGCUCUACUACCUCUGGCUCUACUGAGGGUUCGACCAGCUCUGGCUCCACGACCACCGAGGGCUCUACCAGCUCUAGUUCCACCAGCACUGAGGGCUCUACCAGCUCUGGUUCCACGAGCACUGAGGGCUCUGCCAGCUCUGGCUCGACUACUACUGAAGGCUCCACCAGCUCUGACUCGACCACCAGCGAGGGCUCUACCAGUGCUGACUCGACUAGCACUGACGGCUCUGCUAGCUCCGGUUCUACCACGACUGAAGGCUCGACCAGCUCUGGCUCCACUGACGACUCUGCCAACACCAGCUCGACUGAUAGCUCGACUAGCACGGGUUCUACGGAUGCUUCUAGCACUGCCAGUGACAGCGAGAAUACCGGCACCACGGAGGAUUCUUCCAACCAGCAGACUUCGGACAGCACUGAGAGCUCCACUGCUACCAACAGCGAUGAUUCGACUCAGUCUUCUACCUCUGCCGGAUCGGACGAGGUCAAGACUGUCGAGGGCUCGACGACACCGGAUGAUUCUACGUCCAGCGACGAGUCUUCCAGCGUGUACAAGCGCCAGGAUUCGACUGACAGCGCCAGCACGACGAGCACCACCGACGCUUCUACCUCCACUGAUGGUGAUGAUGAUGGAAGCGCCCUGUCCAACGAUGCCCUCCUGAACAUCGCGACGGAUGAUGCUGACACCAACACCGACGGCUUCACCUACACGACUCUGACGGACACGACGGGCGCGUGGCACCUCUCGGCCGAUGAGGACACGGGAGUGCUCGGCCUGCAGGCGGUUGGCGACGCUGACGCCGGUCUCAACUUCGCGGCCUACUCCAACGUGGUUGUCUCGGACGAUGCCGACCGCGUCUUCAUCUACCACCCCGACGAGAUGGACAAGCUGGGCGCGUCGCGCUUCCGUCUUGCCGGCUCGGAUGAGAUUCCUAAGAACGCUGACAUCAUCACCCUGAUGCCCGUCGACGACUCGAGCACCACGACCAGCGGCGGCAUCGUCGUCGCGGUCGACUCGCAGGGCAACGCCUUCUACAUGGUUGUGUGCAAUGUCGAUGAUGACAGCACCAAGUUCUUCUUGGUCAGCGACCCCGAUGAGGGUGCUGCUACUCUGGAGAAGGAGGAGAUGAAGUGGGUCCUUGUCGGCGGUGUUGCUUCCGACUGCUCUGCCAUGGCCUUCACCGUUGGUGGUGGUCUCCAGGCUAUCUAA